UCAAACGAGCCACAACACACUGCAGAAACCGAGAACUAUGCCAAAAUGAAAAGAAUACCUCCACCAAGUAUUUAGAGACAACAGAUACCUGAACAGCAGGGUCUGACGAUGCCUGUCACACAAACAACAACAGGGAGAUACAGUGCGCCCCGACACACUUGUCACGUUACCAUACAUCAAGAAUGUAUCUGAACUGACCACAAGACUCCUACAGCCACUGGGUAUCAGAGUAGCACACAAACCUACAUCAACCCUAUGCCAACUGCUAACAAGAACCAAAGACCCCAUACCCACUAUGGACAGAACCAACAUAGUAAACAAGAUUUCAUACAAGGAUCACGACAAAGAUUACAUUGGACAGACAGGAAGGAAACUGGCUCUGAGAAUACAUGAACAACAAAUAGUAACAAAAGGGCACAACCAAUACUCACUCUUCUCCAUACACACAGACAAGGAGAACCACCGGUUCGAUUGGGACACCGUCAGGUUCCUAGGACAAGCCAAUAAGAGAAAAGCACGGGAAUUUCUCGAGGCCUGGUCGUCCACCAAGAAGGCCAUCAGUAAACAUGUAGAAUUAGACUCUAUAUACACACCACUGCAAAGAAAAAUUGGAAAUGAGAACUCUCCUUUGUACCAGUACUUGCAGGAUGUGGGACACACUGACUUUGAAAUCUGUCCAACAUCAUCAUGGGCAGAAGAGCACUCAUCAAAAGAGGAACCAAAUGAAUUGGACAUCUCUGCCCCACCAACAGAAAACCUUUUGCUAAAGUGUAUUAAUGUUCUUCAAAAAUGGAAUCCAUUCACUGGAAUGAAAAGAAUAGAUUUGGAAUCACUGGAUAUGGGAUUUCGACUGCGCUCUCUGAGCACCAUCCUAAAACAGGAAGUGCUUCUGCAGGAGGAUGUGGAGCUGGUUGACCUACUUGACCCCAGCAUCCUGCAAUCAACACAAGCCCAACAGCCCAAAAAUGGCUACCUGCCAUCCAAGUGGUUGUGGAGAUGUCCUAAUAUUUGGGAUGUUUCAGUAUUGGCUAUCCUUGCUAGUGCCUUGGUCAUGACCUCAGACCGCUGUGAUACUUUCCCUUGGGGCUUUGUAGGAAUGGGCCUGUGUGGCCUCGGUCUUUGUAUGGUUUUCAGGAGCUUCAGUUUAUGGAGAACAGCCAAACUCCAGCGAUCCAUGAGAAAAUGCAACAAAAGUUUGGAAGAUAUAGUGAUGAACAGCCACACUUUCACCAGUCUUGUGCGAAAAUCCAUUAGACAAAUUCAAGAGACAGAAGUCAUUUCAAGAGGAUUCACAUUAGUGACUGCUGCAUGUCCUGCCAGUAAGCUGGGGAACUCCUGGCAACAGCAAGGUCAGCAGCUAACUGGCCUUCGGAAGGCAGUGUACAGAUCAGUGAGAUCCGCCUAUCGAGCUUCUCGAGUGGCUACCUGCCAGAUGCUGAAGUCCUACCCUCUGAACUCUGAAAUUGAUAAUGUGACCAAUUACCUCUCUGCAAUCCCAUAUAACGAGCUUGGCAUGGGACUCGACAAGGAGCUGAUAUCUGAUGACGAGGCCCAGGAGCUGACGGAUUGUUACAGCCUCAAGGCCUUAAAGGUACUGUUUCAGCUUUGGGUGGGUCAAAGCUCCGAGUUCUUCAGACGCCUGGCUUUCCUACUAUCUCCUGUCCAGGCUGCACCCAAGUCCCAUGUUACUGCAGAGCACUUGGCGCACCAUGUCGUUGCAGAAGUAACCCAGAAUAUAUCUCAUAUCCUUACAAAUUGCCUUGAAGAGUUGAAACGCAGCUAUGACUUCCACAGAUACUGGCAGGUACAGCACCAAUCUAAUUUAAAAGCAUCAAACAAGACCAAACAACAAUCAAGGGAGCUGAAGAAUCUUUAUGCUGUGGUUCGUAGUUUGCAACUCCACCUUAAAGCACUACUAAAUGAGGUUAUUUCUUUAGAGGAUUAUCUGGAAAAGCUCCACGAAUCCCAGGAACAGCAUAAACUGACACAGGAAGUGUAUCAUGAUCUGCAUCAGAAACUUAAAUCAAUUCAACCACAUAUGGGGGCGAGCAUAAAUUGUUGGGAUGAGACAAGUAAUCAGGUGGAUAAACUAGUUCACAAGUCUCUGGACCGUAAAGGCAGACCUAUGGUACAGGACAAAAAUUUGCCUCCAAUCUGGAAACAGUCAGCAAAGUCUGUUGUACAGAUCGAAGAUCAGGAUCCAGUCCCUGAUGAACAGGAACUUGAGGCUUAUGUAGAAGAAUCUGAUUUGGAUGGAGAUUUCGGAGGGGGCUUGCUGAACUACUUGUCACAAGAGGAACGAGAGAAGGAGAGGCGAGAGAGGGAGGAAUCCAGGAGAAUGCUUCAGGAGCUGAAAAGUGUGUUGGGGUUCAAGGCCUCUGAGCUGGAGAGGCAAAAGUGGAAACAGCUACUUUUCAAUGACCAUGCUGCACUGAAAACUAUUUCAUCUGCGGACCUAACGCAGCUGGAGGGAGUCCCACUGGAAUGUCAGGAGGCAGAUGCAAAUGUACAAGGUCAUAAGGUUUGUGAUGACUGCUCCCAAGGGGUAGACGCCAAUCAACUAGACAGCUUGACGGAUAGCAAAGAAUGUUGGAGAUCAACAGGUCCAGACUGCACUGAUGUACAUCUGGCUAGUAGGAAAGGCGCUGAUCUGAGUGACAUUCUCCAAACGGGUACUGUAAAUGGAUGCUUGGCUUGCUGCUCAGAGACUACAGACAGUUCCAUACAAAAGCAAGAAAAUUCACAGCCAGCUGCAUCUGAGCAGCUGCAGACAACUGUUCAACAGGGACUUGCUGAAAGACAUGGGCCAGUCGCCCUCCACUUUACCUCAGCUCUAGCCGCACAGGUCGCUGCUCAGUCUCACAGCUUUGCUCAUUUAUCAGAACAGACGUUUGGGGAUGAGGAGGAGGAAGAUGAGGAUACAAGUACAGACGUUGAAUGCGUAAAUUCUGGACCUUAGUAAAUACAGAGUGAAUGGACCAUGCUAAGCUUUAUUAAAUACUCAAAAGCAGGUCAGAGCAGUGAUGCAGAAAGUACUCAGUGUAACAGAAGUAGUGAAUAAUUUUGUUUAGCAAAGUGCGUAUUUUGUACUUUGCUUUGUGAAAUUUCAUUGUAAACAAAGGGACAUAAUGAGAAUUCUCUGUGGUGAAUGAAAUACUUGGACGCUACUGAACCUUGAAACAAUCUAUUCAGUAGCCAUUUGCAUUGAUUCCUCUGACUACGUUACUGUGUUCCUACCUUUCGUGAAGGAUUUGUUUGAUAGAUUCUAAGGAAAUGAGUUAGAAACCCUUUCGACCUAUGCAUGAACUUCUUAGGGAACAGGCGCAAUACUCUGUGCAAUCCCACUGGUACGGAAUGCACCUUACCUCUAUGCAUCUAGUAUCCGAUGACGUACUAAGUGAAAACAUUGUAGUGUAAAAACAGCUAAGUAGCUGAGGCCCACACUGAUCCAAAGGUAAUGAAUUCACCUCCCACCGCUGUUUGAAAGUUUGAAUUUCAUUUUUAAAGUCCCUGAAGAUGCAUUGAAAUCUGAUUGCAAUAAAAGUGAUGAUGAAGCUGUUGGAUUGCUGUGCCUGCUGAAGUAUCUUGGCAAGCCAGUCAGUUAUGUUUGUGAAUUUGGGGCAGGCAAACAAUGCUGAUCUUCCUGGUGAACAAUUCAGGAAUGAAUUGAGGUGAUUAUGUUCCAACAACAAGAUUACACCUGCAAACAGUAUGAGCUGGGAUUUUUUUUUUUAAAUUAACUUUUCAAACAUAAGUAGAAAGUGGUUUGACCUCCAGCAGCACCUGUCUACAUCACUGAUUAAAGUCACAAAGUAUUUCAGCAACUUCCUUCAGCUGUUCACAAGUUACCAGCAAGCUGCAAAAAAUGAAGUAUCGUGCUCACUAUUACUCAGUGAGGGUAUAUGUAAUUUCAGUCCCCACUCAACACUGCCCAAAAAACUGAACAUCAUCAUUAUUCGGCAAACAUGAGGCAAUGCAGUUUUAUGGGCACUCAGUUGUUAUAGCCUCAGAACCUGAGGGAAGGUGAUCUCAUUAUCUGUUCUUCUAGUACUUUGAUAAAGCUCUGAAAACAUUGGACCCUUAUUACUGUACAGCCAUCCUCAAUUUGAGAGGUUCCAUACACAUCGUUUAAUCACUGUCUAUGACUUUAACUGUCAUUAUUUUCAAAGAAUACAGUUAGAGCUAGCUCAUCCAUGGGCUUUCUUUUCUAUAUAAAUAGAUUUUUUUUGUAGCCAUUGCUUGGCAUUGAAAGAACCAUUCUGUUUUUUCUUUCUUUAGAUUUGCUUUUCUCAAAACAGGUCAAGUUUUUUCCAACCAUUCUUUUGACUGACCAAGAACUCAGUAAUGGAUUAAUACAAAGAGGGCUUAUGUGUAGAUUGCUGUGGUUGUUGGAGGCCAUUCAUUUCAGCCUUGGGAUAUCUCUGCAGGAGUUUCUCAAGGUAGUAUCCUCGGCCCAAGCAUCUUUGGCUGCUUCGUCAAAGACCUAUCCUCCAUCGUAAGGUUGGAAGUAGACCAGUUCAUUGAUUGCACAAUGAUCAGUACCAUUUUCAACUCCUCAAAUUCUGAAGCUGUUUGGGUCUACAUCAAGUCCUAAACUGACAAAUGGCAAUUAGUAUUCUUGCCACAGAGGUGCCAGGCAACAACCAUCUCCCUUGAUCUCCAAUGAAUCCUCCUGAGGGUUACCAUUGACCAGAAUCUGAACUGUCCCAGCCAUAUAUUGUCAUUAAGGACAGGACUGAGGCUGAGAAUUCUGUGGCUCACUGCUGUCUACCCAGGAAUGUCAAACCUUCCACAAGGUACAAGUCAGGAGUUUGAUGGAAUACCCUCCACUUGCCUGGAUGACACCAUCCAGGCCAAAGCAACCCACUUGAUUGACUCCACAUCCACCACCUUCAACAUUCAGCCCCUACAGCACCAAUGCACAAUGAUAGCAUUGUGUAUCAUUUACUACAGCAACUCACAUAGCUGCCUUCAACAACAUUUUUCAAACUGUUCCUUCAAUGUCAUUGGGUGAAAGGUCUGGAGUUACCUUCCUAACAAGGGUAAAGUCACCAUAAUCCUACUAGACCAUAGCACUGCGCUCUCAUUAGAGAGAGGCAACUGGCAGUAGUUUAACCUGAGGGUCACCACACCUUGGGCAAGCGAAGAAGAGUCGUGGUAACUGCCACAGAAAUUGAACCCACAUUGUUAGCAUCAAUCUGCAUUGCAAACCAGGUGGAUUCUCACAAUUCAGGGAACAGCUUAUAACCACCUUCUCAGGGUCAUAUAAUCAAAAAUGGAGUAACUGAACAUCUCAGAUUUUCAGUUCACUGGGGACAGCCAGCAUGCAUUCAUAACCAGUAGGUCAUGCCUGAUAAACCUCAAUGAAAUUUUUGAAGAGGUGACUAGGGUAGUGGACAGGACAAUGUCUAUGAAUGUUGUGUAUAUGGACUUCCAGAAGGUAUUUGUUCAAGUCCCAUGUGCAACAGUGUUAACUAAGGUAGAAGCCUAUUGAAUUGAGGGAAAAUUAUUGAAAUGGUUGAGAAAUUGGUUGGGUGGCGGGUGACAGACAGUAGAGAUAAUGGGUAGCUAAUCAAAUUGGUACAAUGACCAGUGGUGUCCCAUAAGGAUCUGUGUUAGGGCCUCGAUGAUUUAUUUAUGACUUGGAUAAUGGCAUAGAAAGUCAUGUAUACAAAUUUUCUGAUGAUACAAUGUUAGGCAGAAUUGUAGACGGUUUAGAUAAAAGCAUAAACUUAUAAAGGGAAAUUGACAGACUAAGUGAAUAGGAAAAAUUGUGGCAGAUGGAGUUCAAUGCAAACAAGUGUGAAGUAAUCCAUUUCAAACUGAGACGUGAUAGAUCAGGCUACUUUCUAGAUGGUGUGAAGUUAAAUACAGUGGAUGGCCAAAGAGACAUGGGGGUUCAGGUGCAUAAGUUUUUUUUUUUAAACUGUCACGAACCGGUGCAGGAAAUAAUCAAGAAAGUUAAUGGGAUGUUGGCCUUUAUAUCUGGAGGGCUGGAGUACAAGAAUGCAUAUGGUAUGCUGCAGCUAUUCAAAACCCUGGUUAGAUGCCAUUUGGAAUAAUGUGAGCAGAUUUGGGCACCACACUGUAGGAAGGAUAUACUGACCUUGGAGGGAGUACAAAAAUGAUAUCUGGAUUUAAGGGGAUAAGUUAUGAGGAGAGAUUAUAUAAAUUUGGUCUACUUUCUCUACAAUUUAGAAGGUUAUGGGGUGAUCCGACCGAAGUCCUCAAGAUAUUAAACUGCAAAAGACAGGCUAGAUAAAGAUAAACUAUUUCCACUGGUUGGGGAUUCUAGAACAAGGGAGCAUAGCCCGAGAAUUGGGGCCAGACGAUUCAGGAGAGAUGUUAGGAAGCACGUCUACACACAAAGGGUAGAAGUUUGGAACUUACUUCCACAAAUGGCAAUGGAUGCUGGAUCAGUUGUUAAUUUUAAAACCAAGCUGGAUUGUAUUUUUUUAAGUGAAGAUAUAUGAAUUUAGGCUAUAUACCAGCUGUGAUCUCCUUGAAUGUUGCAACAGGCUGGAGGGGCUGUAUGACCUACUCUUGUACCAAUGUUCCUAUAUGGGCAGGCAACAAAUCUUGAAUUUGUCAUUGACACUCAGAACACUGGAAGAAAUACAAAAAUUCUUUUUCUAAACUAAGUUUUAAAAAAUGUUUUGACUUGCUUUCCCACUUAGCAGGUGAAGAAGAAAAGUGUAAGUUAUUUCAGAACCAGUGAUUUUGGUGUCCUAUGUGGAUUGUGCUACUUUUACUAUGUGCUAUGAAAUAAAAUAGUGCAAGGGAUUUCAGGAUAUUCA